CAGUGUGCAGAGCACCUGAGACUCAUCCUCAGAACCAGAUAUGGCUGCAGCUGUAGGCACCAUCGUCCUCCUCUCCCUGUGCUCCGUGUGCACGGUGCUGUCUGCAGACGUGAGCCGGGUGUGUCCUCCGUAUGACGCCUCCAUAUGUAUAUAUGUCAGGCCUGGAGCUCCUCAGUGCCACAAUGACAGCCAGUGUCCCAGCUCCAAGAUAUGUUGCUGCUUUAACUGUGGAUGGCAAUGUGUGGACCCUGUGAAAGUCAAACCUGGCAGCUGUCCCAAUAUAAAAAUCAAGUGUGAUGCAAACAAGAUUGAAUACAAGUGUGACCGUGACAGUGACUGCCUCGGUGCAGAAAAAUGCUGUCCAUUCUGUGGAAGAAAGUGCUGGAAACCUGACCCAGAACCGUCCGGCGUUUGCACCGCUAGUGAUGGGAAAGAGCUGCUGUGUCCGUCCAACAAGUGCCGCCGGGGCUCAGACUGUGGUGAGGCUGGGAAAUGCUGCAUUUCUGCAGAUGGGCAGCAGUGUGUGACCACAGCCCCAGACGUGAGCCGGGUGUGUCCUCCGUAUGACGCCUCCAUAUGUAUAUAUGCCAAGCCUGGAGCUCCUCAGUGCCACAAUGACAGCCAGUGUCCCAGCUCCAAGAUAUGUUGCUGCUUUAACUGUGGAUGGCAAUGUGUGGACCCUGUGAAAGUCAAACCUGGCAGCUGUCCCGAUAUAAAAAUCAAGUGUGAUGCAAACAAGAUUGAAUACAAGUGUGACCGUGACAGUGACUGCCUCGGUGCGGAAAAAUGCUGUCCAUUCUGUGGAAGAAAGUGCUGGAAACCUGACCCAGAACCGUCCGGCGUUUGCACCGCUAGUGAUGGGAAAGAGCUGCUGUGUCCGUCCAACAAGUGCCGCCGGGGCUCAGACUGUGGUGAGGCUGGGAAAUGCUGCAUUUCUGCAGAUGGGCAGCAGUGUGUGACCACAGCCCCAGACGUGAGCCGGGUGUGUCCUUCGUAUGACGCCUCCAUAUGUGUGCAUGUCAGGCCUGGAGCUCCUCAGUGCCACAAUGACAGCCAGUGUCCCAGCUCCAAGAUAUGUUGCUGCUUUAACUGUGGAUGGCAAUGUGUGGACCCUGUGAAAGUCAAACCUGGCAGCUGUCCCAAUAUAAAAAUCAAGUGUGAUGCAAACAAGAUUGAAUACAAGUGUGACCGUGACAGUGACUGCCUCGGUGCGGACAAAUGCUGUCCAUUCUGUGGAAGAAAGUGCUGGAAACCUGACCCAGGUACAGAACCGGCCGGCGUUUGCGCCACCAGUGAUGGGAAAGAGCUGCUGUGUCCGUCCAACAAGUGCCGCCGGGGCUCAGACUGUGGUGAGGCUGGGAAAUGCUGCAUUUCUGCAGAUGGGCAGCAGUGUGUGACCACAGCCCCAGAUCUUUGAAGAUGUUAUAAAAGAAAAUGUUGUUCUCUGGGACACCGAUCCUGUAAUAUCGGGAAUACAGAGAGAUGACGCUGAUCACUGGUGUAUUGUCUCCAUAGUCUUAUUCCCUAUCUCACUUUACAGAUCUUCUCUGUUUCACUAUAAGGUGAAUCCCUUCCAGCAGCUUCGGUAACUUGAUAAGCAACCGAAAAAUGUUCCAUAAAUAAACAUUCAUUUCCAUAAAUA